AACGGCCUAGGCCAGUCCACCUGAAAAUCCAACGGGCCAGAUCAGUUUCCCCAACUCGAUAGUCUAUAUAAUCCCUCUCUUCUCUCACCUGCUUAAACCCCUCUCGCUCGUAGGGUUUUAGCCGCACACUCGAGGGAGACAAGUACGACCGCCGGUAUUGUAAUGGCGUUCUUUGGUAAGGUUGGGAGUAUACUUAGGCAGACUGCUAGCAGGCGCGUUGCUGGUGAAAUAUUUGCAUCAAAACCUUCCAUCUACCAAGCAAUACGAUGCAUGUCAUCUUCAAAACUUUUUGUUGGAGGACUUUCAUAUAGCACUGAUGAUCAAAGUCUACAAGAAGCAUUCAGUAAAUAUGGUUAUGUUGCUGAAGCUAGAGUGAUUUUGGAUCGUGAGACUGGUAGAUCUAGAGGAUUUGGCUUUGUCACAUACAGCUCCACCGAGGAGGCCUCUAGCGCCAUCCAGGCCUUGGAUGGACAGGAUCUUCAUGGCCGUCGUGUAAAAGUGAAUUAUGCAGCUGAUAGGGCUCGUGGUGGUGGCUAUGGAGGCGGAGGUGGUUAUGGAGGUGGAGGUGGUUAUGGUUAUGGUGGUGGUGGAUAUAACAACGCUUAUGGUGCUCCUGGUGGAGGCUAUGGAGGUAAUAAUGCUGGUUAUGGUGAUAGUAACAACUAUGGAGGUGGAAGAAAUAACGCCAGUAGUUUUGGUGGCAGUAAUACUGGCUAUGAGACAACUGGUAACUAUGGUGGUGGAAAUGCUGGUGGAUUUAACAGUGGCAAUUAUGGUGUUUCUGGUGGUGGUGGUGGUGCUGACAGUGUCCAAGACGGAAAUACUGGGUUUGGAAACUUUUCUGGCGGAAACAGUUUUGACAGUGGAAAAAGUGGAAGUUUUAGCAACAGCAGUGACGGUUUCAAUGUUUCUGCUGGUGAUGGCACUAUUGAUGGUGGAUUUGAUGGAAAUUCUGGGGCUGGGUUCGGCAGUAAUCAAUUUGCUAGUGGUGAAAGUGCUGCCUCAGGAGGUUUUGACCAGGAUGAACCUUUGUAUGGAAAUCUCAGGGAUGAAGAUGACACUGACGAUUUUGCCAAAAGGGCAUGAAAUCAUAUGCUUCUAAAGACGUAAACAGUUGAAUUCAUCUCCACAGUGAACUGUUUUUGUUCUAGUUUUAAGCCCUCAUUUAUGAACCAUAUGUCAUUUGUGCUGGCCAUUUUUUUUAAUUGCGAGAACGAUGGUUUUGUGUUCUUUGUGAGAAACAAUAUGAACAAGAGUAUUUUAGAAAAUAAUUAGUCGAAGAUCAUUUCUUUGUUUC